AUGUCAAGCAGACGAGCUGAAGAAAAAGAGUGCAGCAAGAAGAAGAUGAACAAGUUGCCAUGGCAGUGGCUUUGCUCAAUCAACCAAGCCAAGGCUGCCAUCGUGGUUAUAGGCAUUCUCUUGCAUGCCUUCUUCGGAGUUGCCGGAUCUCAAAACGACUUGAAUGUGCUAGGUCAAUCCCCGGUAUUCAAUGAUGUCUUGAGAGGUGAAGCCCCAAAUAUCACCUAUGAAAUCAACAAUACCGUCUACUGGAAUGGGUAUUAUCUAGUAGACGGCAUCUACCCGAGGUGGACCACAUUUGUCAAAUCAGUUCCGCAUCCCCGAUCCGAGAAGGAAAAAUUAUUUUCUGCCUAUCAAGAGGGUUACAAGAAAGAUGUCGAAAGGUGUUUUGGUAUCCUCCAAGCUCGGUGGGGAAUUAUUAGGGGUGUUGUGCGUAUGUUUGAUGAGGAGGUGCUGAGGAGCAUUAUGAUGACUUGCAUCAUCCUCCAUAACAUGAUUGUGGAGGAUGACUAUGAUUAUGAUGCUCCAGACGUGUACGAACCAGAUCCCAUGAACACAGUAUUGACAAGAAUUUAUGAAAGGCCCAUGGGCCCAAACAGACAACCAGUGGAGCAUGAACCGUUGGUUAGGGACGGUCGUUUCAUGAACCGUAUGAUUGAUCGAUAUACGGAGAUUCAAUCAUCUUUUAUUCAUGAACGACGUCAAGUUGACUUGAUGGAGCAUUUAUGGGCGGUGAAAGGCAAUGACUGUGAAUGA